AUGAUCUGCAGGAGCGGAAAGUUCCAGUCACCCAUCAACAUCGAGCCCAGACUUCUGCUCUUUGACCCCAAGCUCAGGCGGAUGAGCAUUGAUGUGCCAGACACGGUCGAUGGAAUCUUCCAGAACGCGGGAAACAAUCUCAUCCUCACACUCGAUGACGUCAUCAAGUUCAGCGCCAACUUCAGCGACGGCCCGUUCAUGUACACGUACCGUCUGGCGCAGGUUCAAAUCCACCUCGGUAAGACGAACAGCGUCGGCUCAGAGCAUCGGAUUGACGGGAAGGCUUUCAGUGCUGAGAUUCAUUUAGUGUGCUACAAUAGCUAUCUAUUCAAAUCUUUAAAGGAAGCCAUUUCAAAACCAUACGGUGUGGCUAUACUCGCUAUUUUUGCUGAGAUUGCCUACGGCUCUGAGAAAAUCAACAGCGCCUUCACUGUAUUGGCAGACAGUGCAACCAAGAUUCCGUUUCAUGGUAAGACAGUUACAGGGUAA